AGAGUUUUUUAUAUCGGUGCAUCAUGUCGCACAUUGCAGGUCCGUCGCCCAAAAAAUUUAGGUCGUCUUUGGCGACUUCAUUGAAUGUUCCUGUGUCCAGCAAUAACCAAAUUUCCCAUACAGCGAUUAAAGAUCUGUCUUUAGAGACACAAUCGGUGUCCAUCAAGUGUCUGGUGUUUGGCAAAAGUGCCGUAAACCAAACAUCAUCAGUGAAAUACACCAUUUUACUGAGUGAUGGAUCGGGAACAAUAAAGGCUGAAGGCUGGGGUCAACCUGGUUUGGCCUUCUUCGAAUCUGUUAUUGUCGGCUUAUGUUAUAGCUUAUCUAGCUUUGCCAUUAGGGAUCUCAAGGAGAGAUUUUUUAAAUUUUCCUGGUUAAAGAAUCCCCUUUAUAUAUCCGUGGGAUCCUCUUCCAAAGCCAUUCCGGAUGCGGAUAUUGAUAUAGAAGACUUCAACUGGGAUUUCAUUUCACUUAGGGCGUUAAGUAGAAAAGGACAAGGGGAAACGUUCGCCAUUGUAGGGGCCGUCAUCGACGAUUCGGGGGACAUCGUUAUCAAUGUCAACAACAGAAACCUAACAAAGAGGGACAUUACAAUUACCGAUCAGCUUAACGUAAAGGUCAUCGUUACCAUGUGGGCCAGGGCCGCCCAAUUUGUCCAAGCCCUACACGAUAGCAAUCAAGAUUCCCCCGUGGUUGCCUUUUGUGGGGUGCGCCGGAACAUGUUUCCGCAGAAGCAUUCGUUGGUUGUCAUCGAUUGCUUCGAUGACACCUUUAUUGAUUUUUCACCGGUAUGCCGCCAAGCGCAAGAAAUUCAAGAUUACUUGAUCAGGACUAAAAAGGAGCAAGAUACAGUUGCCAUUCCUGAGAAUUCAGAGGAUAAAUCAAGAAAAUGAAAAAAGGAAAAUUGUUAAUGGCACACCAAGAUACAAUUUCAUUUAAUAAAUCGAAGUCCUCAUUCCACAA